AUGUUCACAGAAUCCCAGCAGAGGCCGAGGACAGCGUCUGUUGAAGACAUCUGGUCUCAGAAUGCGGCAGUCCCCGAGACCGUCGAGGCGUGCGUCCACGCUCUCGUCAAGCGCACCGUUUGGCAGUUUCCCGGCCGCCAAGCCGUCUGCUCUUGGGACGGAGACUUGACGUACAAGGAGCUGGACGCUGUCUCUAGCAAGCUGGCCCUUCACCUCGUCGACAUUGGCCUCCGAGUCGGAAACCAUGUGCUCUUGUCGUUUGAAAAGUCACAGCUUGCGCCCGUUGCCGUCAUGGCCGUCAUGAAGGCCGGCGGAGUAUCCGUUGCCGUCGACGGCUCGCAUUGUCAACUCGCGAGCUGGGCAUCCUGCACCCGAUUCUCCCUCUGUCUCGCGUCCGCGGCACAUGCUCCGGCAUUGGCGGACGCCGGGAUGCAAGACAUCCUUACUCUGGACCGCCAGUUCCUACUGGGGCUUUCGGCAAAGUCCACGUCGUCCCGGUUGCCGAAAGUGACCCCUUCAGAUGGUCUGUUUGCAACUCUUGAUCCAGCAUCGGCCGCGUCUCAGAAGGCAGCUAUCGUUACCCACAGCCAGUUCAGCAGUGCUGCUGUAUAUCAGAAAAGGGCGCUGGGAUUCUGCAAAGACACUCGCACCCUUGAUCACAUCUCAUACGCGUCCCCCGUGGCCUGGUGCUACCUGCUUCACACGUUAUGUUCUGGGGGCUGUCUCUGUAUGCCUUCACCUCAUCGUGACUCUGUGCCCAGCUCAGCACCCGGCAAUGCCAACUGCGCCUUUGUGACGCCGGAUCGGGCUCAUGAUCCGAGUUGCGAAGACGUAUCGACGCUGGUUCAAGUCGGCUGUUUCGGUGGCGAGGCUAGCUUUCCGGAUGUGAGUCCGAGAGAGAGCGAGCGGACAGUCUUGAGUGCAUAUGGAUGUGCCAAGCUGGCUUCGGUCAUUCCCAUCACCAAGACCAUCAUCCCCUACACCUUGGAGGACCAGACUUUCUCUAGUGACUCCGGUGUCUUUGAUGGAGAGUGGGGGUCCAACGCAUUCAAAUCUUCCAUCAAGUCAUUGGCCGCGUAUGAGCCCAGUAAGGAUGACAUCUCAUUCUCCGAGCCAGCAUACGGGCUGUGUCUGUGGAUCGUUGAUACCAACGAUCCAGACUCGCUUGCGCCCAUCGGGACAGUCGGUGAGCUCUGGUUUGAAGGACCUAUAUUAGGAGGUCAAGGCGGCGUUGAUGAGGAGCCUUGUUUUGUGGAAAACCCUGCAUGGCUGCUGAAGGGCAGUCAGAACCACCCAGGUCGCACGGGACUAUUACUGAGGACCGGUGCCCUGGCCAAAUACAGGCCGGAUGGAACAAUCCAGGUUUUGGGCCACGGCCAAGACGUCCAAGCCGGCGUCGUCCGUGCCAGCUUGGACGAUUCCGAAUUAGACGAGAGACCGUGUGAUUCGGAUCCUUCAGACCCCAGGCUCGGAUUCCGGCAUGAUGAUGACCCCCAAAACGAGGUCCAAUCUAUGAUGCAAAGAACCUGGGGCGCGGUGUUGCACGUUGAUCCGGCCAUCAUCAGCAGAGACAGCCACUUUUUCCGCAUGGGAGGCAACAUGGUUCACGCCAUCUUGCUCUGCAAAGCCGCUAGAUCGUCCAGCAUCUGGAUCACCACAAGAGACGUCUACAAAAACCCGCUUCUGAAGGAUAUGUCGGAGAUUUGCAGCCGACAUAGCUCAGACACUGACCGUGACAGAAGACUGGGAGUACCAUCUCCGCUCACGGGCGAAGGAGUCCGUUCCCAGGUUUCUCGACUCUGCGGUAUCGAAGACUCAAGAGUGAUAGAUGUUCUCCCCUGCACAGCAUUGCAAGAAGGGCUGUUGGCAUUGACCGUUAAACACCCCGGAGAUUACGUUGCGAGGAACCUUUUCAGCAUCAGCAGAAACGUGGACGUCCUCAAGCUAAGGAAAGCAUGGGAUCACGUUGUGAUGAUGAACUCGAUUCUGCGCACACGCAUAGUCAGCCUUCCUGAAAUUGGCAUUGUGCAGGCAGUUCUCGCUGAAGAAACACACUGGACCGAUUUUGAGGCGGGAGACAAUCACAGUCCGCCAAUGGGCCUGGGAACACCUCUCACCAGGUUCUCCAUUCUGCCGCAAAACGCCAAAGGCGAAGUUUUCCUGCUGUGGGAGGUCCACCACGCUUUAUACGACGGGUGGUCCAUGGGCUUGCUGCUCCAGGACGUGCAGGACGUGUAUUACGGAAAUGAAGUCCAAGACCUGGAGCCGAUGGAUGCGUUUCUCGAAUACAUGGCUACCAUCAACGAGAACACUCGGAACGAGUACUGGAGGACGCAGUUUGCUGGCAUCCAGGGCUGUCAUUUCCCAACAGUCAAGGGCACGGACAACCCGAGGCCUGAUCAGCAGCUUGAAAUGUCCGUGUCCAACAUGGACUGGUCCAACAGUGACUUUACUUCGUCAACCAUUCUUCGCGCGGCGUGGUGUAUCGUGUCUGCCCACAACACCAACUCCAACGAAGCACUCUUUGGCGUCACCGUGACAGGCAGGCAAGCUCCGGUUCCGGAAAUUGAAAGAAUGACGGGCCCUACCAUUGCCACCGUUCCUCUGCGCGCGACGCUUGACUGGGACGACGACGCCGAGUCAAUAUUGCAUCGCAUACAGCGUCAGUCUGUCGACAUGAUCCCAUUUGAGCAAACGGGUUUGCAGCAUAUCCGUCGCCUGGGUGAGGAGCCAUGUCUGGCCUGCAACUUCCAGACUCUCCUCGUGGUACAGCCCCCGAGUGAUGGCGGCGGUCUCGAGCCAGAGGAGGAAUUCCUGACAGAGGUCCAAGGCGAAGAAAACGGGAACAAGUGGCAAGACUUCAGUACUUAUGCUCUGGUGAUUGAAUGCCAAUUAGAAGCACAGGGCGUCGGCAUUCGUUUUGGAUUCGACUCGGAAAUCGUGUCGGAGCCAAAAAUGGCACACAUUGCCGCCAACUUGGAGACAGUGAUUCGCCAUUUGUCCGAUCAGCGUCUGAGGAAGCAGACUUUACGCAGCAUCAUUACUGAGCACCUUGCUCCGUUUGGAAUAGAUCAGAUCUGGGCCUGGAACAAAGACGUCCCGGAGCCCACCGAACUGUGUGUCCACGAGUUGAUUUCACAGAGAGUCCUGGAGGACCCUUCUGCCCCUGCCAUUUGUGCGUGGGACGGUGGCUUGACCUACGGCCAGUUGUCCGAAAUGUCUGACAACUUGGCACAAAGGCUGGUUGGCUUCGGAAUCCGCGGCUGUCUUAUCCCGUUAUACUUUGAAAAGUCCAUGUGGAUGCCCGUGGCCGCGGUAGCCGUCAUGAAGGCUGGUGCCGGUGUCGUCGCCGUGGAUAUGAAGCUUCCGGACGACAGAAUUCGUUCCUUGGUCUCGCAGCUCGAGUCCCCGGUAGCCCUAUCUUCUGUUGAAAAGUAUGACUUGGUGAGGAGGUUGUCCGAAAACGCUGGCGUGUUGACCGUUGGGCCUGGACAACAAUGUCUCGAAUCUCUGCAUCCGGCCGCAGAGCUGCCCAUCGUACAACCAUCUGACAUGCUGUACGCCGUCUUCACGUCGGGCAGCACUGGCACUCCUAAGGGCGCGAUGGUGUCACACCGAAACUUCUGCUCAGCCAUCACGUAUCAGCAGAAGCCGCUGAUGUUUUCUCGCAGCUCGAGAGUGUUUGAUUUCUCAUCGUAUGCCUUUGACGCCUCGUGGUGCAACCUGAUCCAUGCGUUGACGAGCGGCGGCUGUCUUUGCAUACCAUCGGCUUUUGAGAGAGAAAAUCAGUUGGCCGAAUGCUUCAAAAAGUACAAUGUGACGUCGGUGGACUUGACGCCCUCGGUUGCGCGCAUGUUGGGCCCCAAGGUGCUCUGCGAUCUGACGACACUCAUUCUGGGCGGCGAAGCCGUCGUCCCGACCGAUGUUCUCCUGGCUGGAGACGACACGACCAUAAUCAACGUAUAUGGGCCAGCUGAGUGCACGCCUACGGUGACAAUGUCUGAAAUUUGUUCCAAGAAAGUCACCAUAGGCCGCGGCGCCGGCGCUUGCACUUGGGUGGUUGACGUCAACAACCCAGAACUCUUGGCCCCCCUCGGUGAAACUGGAGAGCUUUGGGUUGAAGGCCCGCUUGUUGGUCAGGGCUAUCUCUCAAAUCCAGAAAAGACGGCGGCAGCAUUUGUUCAAGACCCAGUUUGGCUUACUCGAGGAGCCCCUGGCCACCCCGGACGAGCUGGCCGUCUAUAUCGAACUGGUGACCUCGUGCGGUACACGAACGCCGGUGAACUCAUCUUUGUGGGCCGCAAAGACACACAGGUCAAGAUACGAGGGCAGCGCGUCGAGUUGGAAGAUAUCGAGCACCAUAUUGUGGAUAGCAUGAACGCGGUCAAAAACGGCGACAUCAAGGCCGUGACCGUAGUUGCAGAGACGAUCCGUCCAAAGGAAGCCUCGAGCGCCGUCUUGGUAGCAUUUGUUGCCCUAGAAAGCUCUGGAGCUGAGCUGACAGAUGAAAAGCAUGAAGAAGCUGUGCAAAGUUUGGUUCUUGCUAGCAAUGAGCGCCUACAAGAACGAAUCCCCGUAUACAUGGUACCAACUUCAUAUAUCCCGAUACGCAAGAUUCCCAUGACGCCGAGUGGCAAGGCGAACAGACGACUGCUUCGAGAAAUCGCCGAGUCGGCUUGGAAACAGUAUAGGAACUUGCCCGACAAGACAGACUCCCCCGAGAUACUAAGCGAAGUCGAGGAGCGGCUCCAGCGGAUUUGGAUGUCGGUCCUCAACUUGUCGGCUGAGGAGAUCUCCGUCACCAAGACCUUCACGAGAAUAGGGGGCGACUCCAUCUCGGCAAUGCAAAUCGUCGCUCAAUGUAGACAGCACAGUAUCUCUGUUACCGUCGCGGAUAUCCUGCAAUCGGGAACCAUCAGAAAGCUGGCGUCACAGUGCAAGUCCAUGUCUCGCCAUACGGUGCCAGAUGACGACGAUGGAGUCGACGAAGAGGCAACUGAACCUUUUGACCUCUCACCCAUCCAGCAACUAUUCUUUGAUGCUUACCCAUCCGGGCUGAAUCACUUUAAUCAAAAAUUCGUGCUAGAGUUGGGGCUGUAUGUUCCCGGCGCAAGGUUUUUGGCAGCAAUCCAGGAUCUCGUUGAUCGCCAUGCCAUUUUGCGGAAUCGUUUUCAUCGCCCGGCCGAGGGCGCGUCUUGGAGGCAGAGCAUAGCUCCCAAGGGGCCGUCAUCUUUCGCCUUUGCGGAGCACAAUGUUUCUAGCCGGGACGAAGCAAUGGUUCUGUCGCAAUGGCGACAGGAAAAUCUCGACAUUGAGCAUGGUCCAGUCUUCGCUUGUGACUUCUUCAAUAUUGCUGGUGACGUUCAACUUGUCACUCUCUCGGCACACCACCUUGUAGUUGACCUUGUCUCUUGGAGGAUCAUCUGGGGCGACAUUGAAGACCACAUCCAGCACGGCAGCUUGAUAUCGGCACCAUCGACGUCGUGGAAAUCAUGGCUAAGGCGUCAAGUUAGAGCCAACCGCCGCGCCUCUCCCAUUUCAGUGCUUCCAUACAGCGUUCCACUUCCAGACUUGGAUUUCUGGGGACUGCCUUUAUCUGACAGCACAUUUGGGAACUGUACCGUAAUCUCUGAGGCAUUUGAGCCAUCUCUCACCGAUGCGAUGUUUGGAGAUGCCAACGAAUGCCUGCGGACGGAGCCCAUGGACAUACUCCUCGGCACAAUGGCACACUCAUUUCACCACGUGUUCCCGGAAAGAUCCGUGCCUGUCAUUUGGCUCGAGGGGCACGGGCGGGAGCACUCGGAGGAUCUCCCUGUCGAUGUUUCCGGAACCGUGGGAUGGUUCACCACUCUCCACCCCAUUCCCAUCUCCGUCAAGCCCGGUGAAGAUGACUCCCUCAUCGAAACCAUCAGAUUUGCCAAGGACAUCAGAAGAAAGGUCCCCGGUAAGGGCCAGCCCUACUUCGCUUGCCGGUUCUACAGUGAAGCUGGCCGUGAGGCUGCCCGGGGACAGGAGAUCCCCGAGGUGACCUUCAAUUUCACCGGGAGAUUCCAACAGCUCGAAGCGGAAGAGGGGCUCUUCAAGCGCCCUGACCAUAUGGGCGACAGUGAUGACGACUUGGUCGACGUAUCACAGACUGCUCACCGUCUGACCAUGAUUGAGAUCACUGCCGAUGUGGAGGAUGGCUGGCUCGUGGUGACGUUCCAGGUUCACAAGGACAUGAAACACCAACAACGCCUGCAACAGUGGGCACAGGAGUUUGGAAGAUGCAUGCAGCGCGCCGUUGAUAGACUGUGCAAUUCGGCCGUUAGCUUCACUCUCAGUGACCUUCCAUUGCUGCCAAUGUCGUACAGCGCUCUCGACACCUUACUUUGCCGUCAACUUCCCAGUUUGGGGAUACCGGCCGGCACGGUGGAGGAGAUUCUGCCCUGCUCACCACUUCAACAGGGUAUUCUAUUGAGCUCAGAGAAGGGAAUCGCAUCAUACGCCACCAGUUCGACGUGGCGCUGCCUGGCCACCCCGGGACUGGCGACGCGGAUUGAGCCCCAAAGGCUCGGAAACGCGUGGACCAAGUUGGCACAGAGGCAUUCCAUCUUGUCUACCGUGUUCGCUUUGCACCCGGAAGGAGACGACUUCAUGCAGAUUGUCUUGAAAAACACCAAUUCUGAGGUCAAGUUUGUUGGUUCUGGUUCAACAAGUCCAGAAGCCAUGCUCGACAGCCUUCCAAAACCAACGUUCAAAGCCCACGAGCCUCAGCACUUGUUCUUUAUUUGCCAAUCAGACAGUGGAGAAGUAGCUUGCAGAUUGGACAUCAGCCACGCCCUCAUAGACGCUGCUUCCAUGUCGGUCAUGCUGCAAGAUCUGAUCUCCUUUUACGACGGCAUCACGCCUGCCGCCGUGCCGCCGUUCGGAGACGUGAUGCGCCAUAUUUGCAGCAUUCCCCAUGGCAAGCGAGUUGCUCCGUGGGUUUCCAUGCUCACUGGCGUGAGUCCAUGCGAGUUCCCCUUGUCAGUUCACGACUCGUCUGCGAAUGAAGAGCGCCAUUGUGACAUCCCCGUGCCGCCGUUGGAGUUGGCCGAGGUGACUGAAUUGUGCAAGAAUCUCGGCAUCACCCGUGCCGUUUUCUUCCAAGUGGCCUGGGCCAUGGUCCUGGCAACCUUUACCGGCAUGGACGAGGUGUGCUUUGGUUACCUGGCUUCGGGCCGAGAUGUCCCCAUAGACGGCAUUGAGGCUAUUGUCGGCCCCCUUGCAAAUUUGCUCAUCAGCCGCAUCGAUUUGCGAGAUUCGCCCCGCCAGGUCUUGCAGUCGGUGUCUAGCAGGUCGAUACAGCACUUGGCAAUGCAAUAUGCGUCGCUGGCCGAGAUCCAGCACGAACUAGGACUGUCGGGAAAGAAAUUGUUCAACACAUCCUUCUCCAUCAGAGCGUCGGACAAGCUGAAGAGUUCUGAAAACAGAAGCCUCUCAUUCGAGUCCAGUGGCGGGGAAGAUCCCCACGAAUUUGACAUUAGUCUCAGCGCAAGCAUUGACGGCGACAACAUUGAUCUUGUGGUGGAGUAUCGCGAACCUUAUAUCCAGAAAGCCGUGGCUGCCCAGGCGUGUGACGUUUUGUUCAAAGCCAUCACCUACUUGCUGCAGGCCAAUUACGAAACCCAGUUACCAAAAAGCAAUGGUGACUCGAUAAGUUGGCUCUCACCCAUCUCAGUCUUUGACGGUUUCUACAAACAGACGGUUGGAACUGAUGAAGCCACAACCACCGCCUUUUGGAAAGACCAGUUCCGAGGAAUCACGGGUUGUCAUUUCCCUUCGCCACCGGCAGUCGGCCGGUCACGAGCCUACAAAGAAGUCGCUCUGUUUCAAAAGGGCUGCGGCCCGCUCGACGGCGAAAUUGAACCUGCCACUUGUAUCAAAGCUGCUUGGGCCAUCCUUGUAGCAACAAUGUUGGAUUCAUCAGAGGCAAUAUUUGGCAUGGUAUCUGAUGACAACGCCUUGCUACCGGUUCGCGUACCCAUCAUGUGGGACGACAAUGUGAACAGUCUGCUUCAUUUCAUUCAGAAGCAAGGACAGGAUUUGGACGUUUUCAAACGGACCGGGCUGCAACGCAUUCGUCGCAUCAACGCUGAGGCUGCUCUUGCAUGUGACUUCCAGAGCAUACUUUCUAUCAACCACGAUGAUGCUCAGCCGGAGCAGUUGGGCGAUUUUGCCAUACUGUUCAAGUACAACAAGUCGCAGUUUGGAUCACACGUUAGCAUCAUAUUUGACUCCAACACGCUGUCCGAGAAGGAAGUCACGCGCUUGUUUUACCAGUUCGAGCAUGUGCAUCAGCAGCUUCUCAACCCCGUAGCGAGACAAUCCAAGCUGCACCAUGUGUCAACGCUCAGCUGCAGAGACCUCGAAGAUGUCUGGGCAUGGAACGAAAAGGUCCCCGAAAGCGUGUUGGACAACGUGCCUCGCAUGGUCCGUGAAACCGUCCAUCGACAACCGUUGGCUACAGCUAUACAUGCGUGGGAUGGUUCCCUCACAUAUCAACAGCUAGACGACUUAUCCACCACUUUAGCUUAUCAGCUAAGGAAGACGGGGGUUGGGAGGGGUGAUGUUAUCCCUCUUUUCUUUGACAAAUCCAUGUGGAUGCCGGUUUCUGCUUUGGCAGUCAUGAAGACUGGCGCUGCGUGUGUUGGUACAGAUCCAUCCAACCAGCCAGAGGAGCGUCUGCGAGCCAUGGUAACACAGGUUCGGGCAAAGACAGUUCUGGCGUCUGCGGCAUAUGCCGACAUUGCCAACAAACUUGGCGCUGACCACGUCGUGUCGGUGGACGUUGAGCGGCUAUUCGAGUUCGCGCUGUCUUUGGACCACGAAGUCCGCCUUCCAGAGGUCACUGCUUUCGACGUCCUGUACAUCGUCUUUACAUCCGGCAGCACGGGCGUGCCCAAAGGUGCCAUGGUCACUCACGGAAAUUUCUGCAGCGCCAUUGUUCACCAGAGAGACUUGCUCGGCUUUGGGAGCGAUUCACGCGUGCUUGACUUUUCAUCCUAUGCGUUCGAUGUCGCGUGGUCUAACAUGCUCAACACCCUGACAGCGGGUGGAUGUUUGUGCAUACCAUCGCCUGAAGAGCGCCAAGACGGUAUUGCAGGGUGCUUGGACAAGUACCAAAUCACGGUGGCAGAUUUCACACCAUCUGUCUUGCGCAAUAUCGAGCCAAAGGCGGCAUUGACGCGGCUGUCCACCAUGUUAUUGGGCGGCGAGGUCGUCCUACCAAGCGACGCACAGUACGUCAGUCCAGGGGCACGCGUCGUCAGCGCAUAUGGUCUGGCGGAGUGUACGCCAACCAGCAUCAUCUUGGAUCUGACUCCUGAAGGCGACGGCGGCCUCGGUUUUGCAUGCGGCUCGUGUGCCUGGAUUGUUGAUGCAGAGAACCCUGACAGGUUGGCACCUAUUGGCACGGUAGGUGAGCUUUGGCUGGAGGGACCGCUCAUCGGAGCAGGUUACGUCAACGAUGCAGAAAAAACAAAAGCAGCUUACAUCCAGGACCCCGAGUGGCUUCUUCGGGGCGUUCCCGGCAAGCGACCCGGUCGUCGCGGCCGAGUAUACCGCACAGUAGAUCUAGUGCAGUACCGGGAAGAUGGCAGUCUCAUCUUCAAGGGCCGAAAGGACACGCAGGUCAAGAUCCGCGGACAGCGAGUAGAGCUCGAAGAAGUAGAACAUUAUGUACAGGAUGCGAUUUCUACUACUUCUCAUGGCACAACCAUGACAGUCGUCGCCGAGACGAUCAAGCCAGUGGGUAGUCACGGGAUUAUGUUGGUUGCAUUUGUUUGUCUUGGCUCACAAGAGAUGAUGAGCGACCAAGACUACGGAAAGGCGGUUCGGAGCGCAACGUGCGAUGUCGCGGAGAGACUGGGCGAACAGGUACCGUCAUUCAUGAUCCCGAGCGUUUUCAUUCCAAUCCGAAACAUUCCCAUGACGGCAACCGGGAAGACUGACCGUCGUCACCUACGCAACUACGGGUCUUCUCUUGAUCUGGAAGACAUCGCCGCGUUGGGUCGCGCUGAGGGUGAGCGUAGGGGGCCGACAAAUGAUUCGGAAAGGUUGAUGCAAGGCCUUUGGGCCGAGGUCCUGAGUAUGGAACCCGACAAUAUCAGCAUCGACGACAGUUUCUUCCGCAUUGGCGGCGAUUCCAUCGGUGCAAUGAAGCUGGUCGCUUUGGCACGAAAGACGGGCUUGCCGAUUGCUGUCAAGGAUGUUUUCAAGCACCCGACUAUGCGAGAUUUGUGCAAGCUUCUUCACUAG